UCUCCGACCUUUGCGCGGGGGCGGGCCGGCAGGUUUGGGAGAGGCUGCGUGAGCUAGGAAGCCGAUGCGGGCUAGCGGCGCUGGAGAUGGCUUCGGCUGGAGGCGGCCACUGCGAGGGAGCCGCGCACGAGGCCGACCGUCCUCACCAGCGGCCCUUCUUGAUCGGGGUGAGCGGCGGUACCGCGAGCGGCAAGUCAACUGUGUGCGAGAAGAUCAUGGAGCUGCUGGGACAGAAUGAAGUAGACCACCGGCAGCGGAAGUUGGUCAUCCUGAGUCAAGACAGGUUCUAUAAGGUCCUGACCACGGAACAGAAGGCCAAGGCCUUGAAGGGACAGUACAAUUUCGACCAUCCAGAUGCUUUUGAUAAUGAUUUGAUGCACAGGACUCUGAAAAACAUUGUGGAGGGCAAAACAGUCGAGGUCCCAAUCUAUGAUUUUGUGACCCACUCAAGGUUAGCGGAGACCACGGUGGUCUACCCCGCAGAUGUGGUCCUGUUCGAGGGCAUCCUGGUCUUCUACAGCCAGGAGAUCCGGGACAUGUUCCAUCUGCGACUCUUUGUGGACACUGACUCUGAUGUCAGGCUGUCGCGAAGAGGUAAGGCGGACGCGGGCCUCUCUGCCCCUGGCCGGCCCGGCCACGGGUCCCGGGGGUCUGAAGGUCCCCACCCUGCCCCUGUCGCCACAGUUCUCCGGGACGUGCACCGCGGCCGGGACCUGGAGCAGAUCCUGACGCAGUACACCACCUUCGUCAAGCCGGCCUUUGAGGAAUUCUGCCUGCCGACUAAGAAGUACGCUGAUGUGAUAAUCCCUCGAGGGGUUGACAAUAUGGUGGCCAUCAACCUUAUCGUGCAGCACAUCCAAGACAUCCUCAACGGCGACAUCUGCAAGUGGCAUCGCGGAGGGUCCAACGGGCGCAGCUACAAGAGGACGUUUCCGGAGCCGGGAGAGCGCCCCGGCGUGCUGGCCUCUGGCAAACGGUCGCACCUGGAGUCCAGCAGCAGGCCCCACUGAGGAGUGGGGUGCUCAGCUCCCGGCAGGUCCAGAGAUGCCCCCCCCGCCCCUCAACACACACCCGUGGCCGGGGUGGUGCUGGAGCCCAGGCGUCCCUCGCUAAUUCAGGAAACCUGGACUAGUUAUUCGGACUGGGUCUGACAGGAUGUCUGCAGGCAGCCCUGACCUUUCCACCGGCUUCCUCACAUCACAGAGGCUUAAAGGUCUCUUUAGUUACUGAGAAACGCCACAGAAUGUGUGGUGAGCAAGUCACAUAUUUGGGGGAACCUUGACGAAAUAGCCCGGACGCUGCGAUUCUGACGGUGAAGCCACAGCGAGAGAGACUAGCACGGUCUGGUUCA